AUGUCAACAAUCAUGCAAACCACGUGCAAAUGCCCCCUGCACGGCAUCCGCAUCCUAGACUUCACCCGCAUCCUCGCCGGCCCCUUCUGCACCCAAAUUCUCGCCGACUACGGCGCCGACGUGAUCAAAAUCGAGCAACCGGCGAAAGGCGACGAGACGCGCGCGUGGAAAGGCAAGGGCGAAGCAGCGCACUGGAAACCCGACUCCGGACCCAUCUCCUUCUUCUUCGCGGCGAUAAAUCGGAAUAAGCGCAGUGUGACGUUGGAUUUGAAAGCGGAGGAGGGGCGGGAGGCGGUGCACAGAUUGGUGAAGGAGGGAGGGGUGGAUGUUGUGGUGGAGAAUUUCAUCCCGGGCGCGGCGGAUAGGUUGGGGAUUGGGUAUGAGGCGUUGGCGAAGUUGAAUCCGCGGUUGAUUUAUGCUUCGUUGUCAGGCUAUGGGCCUUCGGGACCGUAUGGGAGGCGCGCUGGGUACGAUGCGAUUGCGGCGGCGGAGGCGGGAUUUAUGCAGGUUACUGGACAUCCGGAUACACCUCCUAUUCGCGCCGGACUGGGGAUGACGGAUAUGUCGACGGGACUGUACGUGCACGGCGCGAUUAUGGGGGCGCUGUAUAGUCGGGAGAAGACGGGGCGGGGCCAGUAUAUCAGCGCGAGCCUAUUCGAGACGCAGAUCUCAAUGUUGAUUGGGGUCGGAGUCAAUUGGUUGAAUCGAGGGGUGGAGGGGCAGAAAUAUGGCGCGGCGCAUCCCAGUGCUGUGCCGUACAAUGCGUGGCAGUGCAAGGACGGGAUGUGGAUUGUGAUUGCGGCGAACAGCGAGCAUCAGUACCGCGUGCUGUGCGAGCGGAUGCAACGCCCUGAAUUGAUCGAGGAUGAGAGGUUCAAAACGAAUGCGGUGCGGGUGGAGAAUCGCAAAGCCAUGGACAAGGUUGUCGCGGACGUCAUUUCGAGCAAGACGUUGGAUGAGUGGUUGGAGGUGUUUGAUGGGUCGGGGUUGGCGCAUGGGCCGGUGAAUACGAUUCAGCGGGCUUUUGAGCAUCCGCAGAUUCAGGCGCGAGAAAUGGUGAAGCCGCAGGAGUGGGAUGCGCAAACGGGAGGGGAUUGGAAGGCCAUUGGGCCGGCGGUUAAAUUCAGUGAGACAAAGGCGUCCAUUCGACGGCAGCCGCCGAGGUUGGGAGAGCAUACGGAGGAGGUGUUGAAGGAGGUGGGCUAUGGAGUGGAGGACAUUGCCAUUUUGAGGAGUAAGGCUGUGUCGUAG